AUGAGCUUCGGGCCCGCCACAGCGUGUCAUGACUCUACCAUUGAAAAGAUUGGCCUCCGAAGAGGGGAUGUGAUUGACUUGGAUCAUCGUUCUACUGUAGUUGAGCUUGAAGAAUUUCUUCUUGGUCUUGGUUGGGUCUUCUUGGAGAAGAAGCUUGAUUCGCACUCGACCAUAGAUGUCAAGAUACGAGUUCAUGAUAUUCGUGCAAAAACAAGUGUUUGUACUAUUUUACCUAUGGGAUUCAGCGAUGCUGUAGUGCACUCAUACCAUUCAUCAGCCUCAUCCCAGGCCGUGAGACCGUGACGAUGUGAAUUAGGGAUCUCAUCAUGACAAAGAUUAGCUUAGGUCGGUGUAUGGUUCGUGGUUCUAUGCUGGUCUCACUGUAAACUUCAUCUCAGGAUACAGCAGUAGUCAGCACCGGCGACACCUCAGUCUUUGCUAAAAUUAAGGUUUGCUCUAUGCUUUUAGUUUUUUCCCCCUUGCGGGUGACUAUGCUUUUAGGUAUCACUUGCCGCUAACUUGGAUGACUCAUUGUGACGAGUGCUUCAACAAACGUCUUAUAUUAAGUUAUAUAGGGAGUAUCUAGGUUGAGCCAAUCGUUCAGUCUAAACUUUGAGCAGCCUUGAACACAACGCAUGCUCAUGGCCAGAGGUAGAGUAAUAGC